GUUUUUGUUUACAUCGUCAAACGUCAAAGGGCAUGUUUGGUGCACCACAACACAAUCACAAACUAAGAGAUUUUUAAUCCAAUUUAAUAUAGAGCAUAAGGAAAUUGUACCGAAACAGUGAAACGCUCAAUGAAAUUGCUAACUACAGUUUACCGAACCUUUUUUAGUUCAUCCGAAUAGAACAACUUCCCGAUAGGAUAUACAAUUGGGCCUACAAAAGGUGCAAACUGCCCGUGCCUGAACUGUGUACCGUUCAUCGGUGGUGGAGGUUUUUCUUUCGGGCAAAGGAGAGUGAAAGUGACGAUUUACUACACGGGCCGACACGAUGGCAACGAAUGCGACCGUCCGUACGGCGGCCGAAAUCGAACAGGACUACCAGGAGUCGGAUAAGACGCGCGCCUCCAAUCCGGAAGAUUUCCCCAACUUUCGUGACUUUCAGAUCGUCAAGAUGGUACAACACUUUCGGGUCGUAACGGAUGGUUCGCAGGAACAGCUGCGGCUCGGCUUUAAGUGCAAAACGUGUGGCGUAACGUUCAACAAAACGAUGCAACUGCUCGGUCACAUACGGUUACACUUCGAGGAUGAGCACACGUGCCGGAACUGUGGGAAGUACUUUUUCGACCCGAGCAAGCUGCAGAUACACAUCAGGGCAAAACAUACGACAAACAUGCUGAAGUGUCAGCUUGGCUGUCUCCGCUACUCAGCGCCCAGCUUGAAAUGCCUGCAGCUACACUACGAACGAUUCCAUUACGUUAAAAUUCGUAUGCGAGAGCUGCGCAAGAUGGACGAAGCGAUACGCAACGGCGGGACGGUCGUGACGGAGAUUGUGUCGAAAAAGCAACGCCGCAAGCAGCUGCUCGCGAGCGAUCUGUUACGAUCCGCAUCGAGCGGAGAAGAAUCGCAAGGUGCGGAGGGACCGUACGAGGAGGAAGCGGAAGAGCAAUCACCGCAGGAGCAAGUACAGGAGGAACCGCAACCGGUACAGCCAGCGCAACCAAUACAGCUGCAGCAGAUACAGAUCCAACAGCCGCAACUAAUACAACAGCAGCAUCAGCUCCCGCAGCAUCAUCAGUACGUAAUCCAAACUGUUGAAUCGGUCGAGGAGGAGGACGAUGGUUUCGACGAUGAUGACGAAGGUAGUGAAAAGCUACAGUCCGAACAGCCGGCAGAAAAUGCGCUCUACGACGACCAAAUGCAGUGCUGCGUGUGUGGCGCAAUAUUCGAGGAAGAGUCGCAGCUGGAGAUGCACGAAAACUCGCACACGGCGCCGCUCGAGUGUAGCUUCUGCGGUAUGACCUUCCUGCAGCUGUCCGACGUACGGCAACACUACCAGAGCAGACACCAGGCCGUCAGCAGACCUUCCUCGCAGUACGUUAUUUCGCACCCGAGCGGGACUCUGGUGCAGCAGCAGCAGCCGCAGCAGCCUCAAGCUUUACAUCAAAUCGUACACAAUCCGCACCAGCUGCAGCAAGACCACCAACAAACGGCUUCCCAACAGUUGCAGCCCGCGGCCCAAUUCAUUCCGAGCGCAUCGAACGGUGCGAUGACCACGAUGCUGGUAAUGCAGAACGGAAUGCUAAUACCGGUGCAUGCAAUCGAUAGCGCCCAGCUGACGGCUGUGAAUCCCUACCAACACCAAACAGCACCGAUCGCGCAGGGUUCGCAGAUCGCGUGGCCAAUCACAGCGACACCGAUAGCCGCCACCCACCAGCAGCAACAGCAACACCAACAGCAAAUCCUACCACCGGUACACAAUCAGAUCGAAAUAAUACCGCUCCACACGAGCCCUGCUGCCGGUGCAUCGGUUGCUCCACAUCACAGCAUCAUCACGUCCAUCACACCGCAACAGCUGCAGCAGCAGCAGCAGCAGCAAGGCCAACCGGCACCACAAACACUUACCCCGAUACAGCUUAGUAUUAAGGAUGCGAGCGGCAAUGUCGCGGGGGCGAACGGAACCGGCGGGUUCGUUAUCAAUCAGAUUGCAUCGAUUGAUCCGAGCUAUUUGAAGCAAAUCGAUCCUGUGUUACACCAGCAACAGCAGCAACAGCAGCAACAGCCACAGUCUCCGCCACAGCAACCACAGUCACAGCAAAUACAUCACCAGUGGCAGCAGCCGUUCAACAGCUCGUAGUAAAGUGAGCCAUGGGACGAUCCAGCUGAUUACCAUCGUGUGGUGCAUUUUAAAUAGGCUAGAUAAAAAACCAUCCUCGUUCUGUUUGUCCCCUUUACUGGCUGGAUGCAAAGGAAACGGAACGAUUUGCAUCGGACCGGAAGCAUAUGGACAGCUGCUUCAUCUUAAUACAGCUUCGAACGGUACUGGCGAACGAAUCCAGUCUUCAUGGUCGGCAAAAUGGGAAGGUUUCCCCAUCUAGGAUGAGAGCAACUGUCCCUUUAAGGUGCUGUUUAGUGUACAGACAGUAUAAUACGGUCCACUGCAUUCCUGCAGGUGCCGCAAUGAUAUGGUGUUUUAGAAUAAAUCGGGUAUUUCUUGUAUAAGUUUUUUGCUUCACUUCACCUACCACCACGCCCUGUCAACGUAUCCCCCGUAUCUGUGUAUUACGGUUGAAUGUUAGAUUUUUAUGGUUUAAGUAUGAAAUAAAAGAACAGCGUAACACGUUUCUGCUAAAA